AUGUCUAAUAAUACAACAAUUGAUAGUUUGGAAUGCUUCACACCAUAUGAAGAACAGGAUCGAAUUAUAAUUGGUAUUAUUGCUUUACCUUUAAUAUUUAUUGGUUUAAUUGCAAAUUUUAUUUCAUUAAGAAUUUUUUUAAAUAAAUUAAUGCGACAGCAAAUGUUAAACUGGUAUUUAAUGAUAAUCUCAAUGAGUGAUUCAGGAAUAUUAAUUGGUGCAUUUUUUGUUUUAACAUUUCCAAGAUUAUCUGAAUCAUUAUUAUUUUCUAAUGGUGUUAAAGUUUGCUACUAUGCAACUCCAUUUAUGUUUGGUGUUAUGACAAUAUCACAGACUAUUUCAGUUUGGAUGAAUACUGUAAUGUCAUUACAUAGAUUUAUUGGUGUAUGUCUACCAUUUAGAGCUGGAUCAAUAUUAACAACAGAAAAUGUUAAAAAAGUUAUUGGAGGUGUUCUUAUUUGUGCAACAAUCUUUAAUAUAUCUCGAUUUUUUGAAGUUAUUGUUGAUGGUGUAUGUUAUGCUGAAGUAUUAAAAGGAUAUAUACCACAUUUAACAGCAACUGCAUUAAGAUUAAAUAGUAUAUAUAGAAUGAUUUUUUAUGAAUGGAGUUAUACACUAUUUAUGUUUGUUAUACCAUUUACAAUUCUUAUUGUUGUUAAUACAAUGGUUAUUUUUGCUGUACAUAGAUCACGAAAAAUUCAUGCUAAAUUAAAUAUGUAUGGUGAUGAUGUACGUAGACAAGAAUUAGCAAAAGAAAUAUCAACUUCAAUAAUGUUAGUUGCAAUUGUCUUAGCAUUUCUUUUUUGUAAUACUUUAGCAUUAAUAGUAAACAUAUUAGAAAAGAUUCAAUGGGAUGAAUUGGUAAUAAAAGUUGUUCCAUUCUCAAAUUUACUUGUUAUAAUAAAUUCUAUUACUAAUUUAUGCAUCUACUGUCUCUUUUCUGAUAAAUAUCGACAACUUUUUUGGUUUUAUAUUAGAUGUAUGCCAUGUAGAGGAAAAAAAGGCCAAUUUGAAGCUGUAUUUAAUGUACAAUAA